AUGCCUCAAGAACAACAAGUCGACGCCCUCGUCGUGGGCACCGGAUUCGGCGGCAUCUAUGCCCUCCACUCCCUCCUGCAACUUGGCCUGAAGGUCAAAGCCAUCGACAAGGCCGCCGACGUCGGGGGUACCUGGUGGUGGAACAAAUACCCCGGCGCCAUGAGUGAUACCUGGAGCCACUUGUACCGAUACACCUUCGACACCGAGCUCCUGCAGACAUACCCCUGGCCGCGCUGGUACGUCACCCAGCCCGAGAUCCUCGAGUACCUGCGACACGUCGUGCAGCGGCACAACCUGCGACCGCACAUGCAGCUCAGCACGGAAAUGACAAGCGCUGUAUGGGAUGACGCCGCCGGCCGCUGGACGGUGCGAUGUCGCUCCAGUGACGUCUUCUACACCCGAUACCUCAUCUCCGCGCUGGGUAUCCUGCAUCAGGCCCACGUGCCCGAGUUCCCCGGUCUGGGGACCUUCCGCGGCGAGACCUUGCAUACGGCGGCCUGGAGACCCGAGGUAGAGUUGACGGGUAAGCGUGUCGGCGUCGUGGGUGUCGGAUCGUCUGGUACGCAGGUCGUCACGGCUAUCGCUCCCCAUGUCCAAUCGCUGCACGUCUUCAUCCGGCGUCCCCAGUACACCGUGCCCAGCGGCAAUCGGCCCGUGACGACAGAAGACCGCCGGGCCAUUAACGCGCGAUAUUCUCAGAUCAUAAGGGAUGCGAAAGGCUCGUUCACGGCGAUGGGAUUCACGGAGCCCUCGCGGACCCUGAUGUCGCUGCCCCCAGCGGAGCGGACGCAGCUCCUCGAAGACCUCUGGCAAGACGGCAACGGGCUGCGGUUCAUGUUCGGGGGGUUCUCGGACGUGAUGGUCGACGAGGCCGCGAACAAGGAAGUCUGCCGGUUCAUCCGCGGCAAGAUCGCCUCCAUCGUGAAAGAUCCCGUCAAGCGGGCCGCGCUGAUGCCGACAGAUCUGUUCGCCCGACGACCACUCUGCGACGACGGCUUCUACGACACGUUCAACCGCGACAACGUCUUCGCCGUCAACCUGCGCGAACACCCAAUCGAGGCGAUCACGCCGCGCGGGCUCCGCACAGCUGACGGCACCGAGCACGAGCUGGACGUGCUAAUCUUCGCGACGGGCUUCGACGCCUACGACGGCAGCUACCGACGGAUAGACAUUCGCGGACGAGAGGGGGCGCGAUUGCGCGACAAGUGGGCACACGGCGCUAUCAGUUACCUAGGUCAGGGAGCCAGCGGGUUCCCGAACCUGGUGAUGAUCAACGGGCCGAACGGGGGAUUCGUGAACGUCAGCACGCUGUCCGAGACAAACGUCGAGUUCAUGACGGAUCUAGUGCGUCAUGCUGAGGAGGCGUCAAUGCGAACAGGUCGGCGCUGCGUGAUCGAACCCACUGAGAAGGCCGAACGAGACUGGACGGAGACCUGUCGGACGGGCGCUAACGGGACUCUCAUCGUUAAGGUGCCGCAGUGGUUGACGAACUCGAAUAUCCCUGGCAAGCCGACCACCGUACCCUUCUUCUUUGGUGGGUUGGGCAGGCUGCGAGGUAUCAUGACUGAGGUCAAAGAGAAGGGGUUUGUGGGGUAUAAGGCGCCAUUUGGAACGGGUGAGGAGCCAGAGGCGCAUUUAUAG